ACCUCAAAGAAGUCACAUGGUCGCCUCGUCUGAACAAAGAACAUCAUGGGUUGACGACAACAUCAAAUGUGGAGAUGGGCUUUGCGAUAACCUGACAACGAACACAUCACGUUAUACAGACGGACGAUUUCGACAAAACAUUGACCUUCAAUGUUGCUGUCUAUUACCUGAGAUCCUGCCAGGUUGAGAAAUGCCAGCGACCCUUAUUUCGUCUCGUCACGCAUCGAGUCUCCGUCUACGGCUCGAAGUACAACCGUUGACCAUCACCACUACGCUAAACCGCUCACAAAAUGACCGUAGAGUACGAAUGUGGCUUCAGCAUCUACCCUCCUCUCCCCCCAACACCCUUCAACCAAUCCCUCUACGCUCUCUUCCUCGCCCGCCUCAGAACAACAUUCUCCUCCCGACUCCAUCCCUUCACCUCUAAACCGCUCCUCAUAGCCGACGCCGACGCCGACGCCGCCUUCUACUACUUCACACUCCCCAAGUUCCCUAAAAUCCCCGCCAAUCCUGAACACUGUAACUACUUCCUAAGUUUCCGCCUCAGCUUCGGAGACGGUGGUUUACCACUCGAAGUGGCUGUUGCUCAUGUCCUCGAGGUACUCGUUAUUGCGAAGGAGUGUUUUGGGGAAAGAGUUAGGUACUGGAAUGGGAUGCAUAGGAUGCGGUGUAAUAAGCAGUGGGGGUAUUAUACACUUGGAGAUGUUGAGGAGGCGGAGAAGGAGGUCAGGAAGUUAUGCAGGAGUAUGGACUUCAAGGUUACAGCGAUGGAGACGGUGGUGGAAACACUGGAGGAAAGUAAUGUCGUGGAAGUUGGACCUCUAGCCCUGCUUGGCUAGAGUCUUCUUGUCUACAUUUGUCCCAGUUACCUUCGAUUACAAGCCCCCAGCUCUACCAAUAUCCCGAUAAAGCAUUAACUCGCAACUCAACCUUAAAGAUUGGGCCAAGUGCUCUCCCAAUGAUAGUAAGCUACAGGCGAACCUUUCCUACAUUUGACAGGGUCAUUGGGCACCUCUGGGUCAUCUAACGUUGUCAAGAGACUGGGCUUCGCCUUGACCCCAUUCUCAACUCAGACACGCGGUCCCAUUGGACGGAGCGUAAAGCGAGGACUUGUACUCUACAAUAUUGUUUGUCAGCCAGGGCCAUGACAGGAGAGACUUGAACACACAUUAGCUCAACCGAUUCAGCGAAAAUCUAUAACACCGGCAAUGCUGUUCUGAUCCCAAGCAAGGCAUCAGAGAUACAAGUACGGAAAGCUGUUCAUGAACCCGUUGAUCAGACACACUUGAGCUCAAAGCCUGCGCCUCCUUACAUGAGAUAGCCGGCUCAUCAGUCAGACUUGGACGUAAUGCUCUGGUCAGGCUCGUGGAUUCUGAAGGAUGCUGGUCGGUAGCAUUGAGGUGUCAGCAAUUAUGCGCGACUGUCCAAUCCAUCUUGCCAGCAUUUCCUUACGUUGGAUCCCAGGAUUUCCCAUCUCGCUUUGAUGCAAGCCUCACUCACACAGUCCUAGAUGAUCUAGUUGGAAGUUACCUUAGGUACUCAAGAACUCCAUGAGUGGUGCAAGCUUGAGUCCAUUGAGGGAGUAGGGGAGCCCUUCUGUCUCCGAAUCUCGCAUCUUUAGCCAUUUAUCCAGUGGAGGAUGUGUGGUUAAUUUUUUUGUCGCUACAUUUGAGCCGAGACUUGGUCGUGGCGCAUUUGCUUGCAAAGUUGCAAUAAUGAAGAAAGAGCCUGAACUCGGGAUGCAGCUGUAUGUCGCACUCAGCGGACUACUUCUUCUAUGAGCUUCAAGAAAUGUUGUUCGAUCUACUUCUAUCAGCCUCACCUCCAUUAUCUUUGCGGAUGUGCGUUCAUACGUUUGUGCGUCUCACAGGAAGUCCUGGAUCUCGAGUCCACUCAUUUGGCGAUAACUUCAUUUGCCAUCCUUCGCCAAUGCAAACAAAAGGGAGGCAGACACCUGACACCGCGAACCAUCUACACUUGUAACUGGCAAAAAGGAGGUGAUCUCUGCUAGUGCAGCGGCUUUAUCAUGCCUGUAGGCCUCUGAAUCCUUUCUUGGACAUGUACAUAUGCGAAAGUUUGUACAUGACGCUUAAUUUAUGGUUCAUGUUUCGAAGCAAGAUUUGUAGGUUAGAGUGUCGCGAGUCUGGUCAAAUGGAUUAGAUGUUUGUUCAAGC